CUGAAGAAAAAAAAAACUCUCACCAGCCGCGAGCGCUACUCCCCACCCCUCCUCUCCCUCCAUCCAAUUGCAGGACCCGCAUCGAUGCGAUUCGACCGCGGCCUCGCAUCCGGUGCGGAGGUCUGCAGUUGGGAGGAGGCUCCGCUCCGCAGCCGGAGCCGCUGCGGCGUCGCAGCUUGUGCCUCGUGGGGGUUUCCUGGCUCCUGAUCCAUCGGGGAGUAGUUUCGUGUUUCUUGGCAUUACUGUUUUAUAGCAGAGCGGGAUGUUGAUUCUUUGAGGAGGCAUUGGCGCAAUAUGCAGCUAAAUUGAAUUGACAAGUCAGAAAUUUUUGGUGUUCGGGGGAAAAUUUGGUCUAAAGAUUCAACGUAGCUAUAUCCCAGGAAGAAGUGCAUUUGUCCUUUGAUCAGUGUUUUUUUCCGGGGUGGCAGCAAUUCGUUCGCAGGAGAAGUAACAAUCGACAGGAGAUUGAUCAUGGAGCAUGUGAUCGGAGGGAUGUUUAAGCUUGGGAGGAAAAUUGGGAGUGGAUCCUUCGGGGAGCUAUAUCUCGGUAUUAAUAUACAGAACGGAGAGGAAGUAGGAAUAAAGUUGGAACCAGCGAAAUCAAAGCAUCCACAGCUGCACUAUGAAUCUAAAGUUUAUAUGCUAUUGCAGGGUGGAAAUGGUAUCCCACGCCUGAAGUGGUAUGGUGUCGAGGGGGAAUACAACGUCAUGGUGAUUGAUCUUCUUGGCCCAAGCUUGGAAGACUUGUUUAACUGCUGCAACAGGAAAUUUUCUCUGAAAACAGUGCUUAUGCUUGCUGAUCAACUGAUUAACCGAGUGGAAUACAUGCAUUCCAAGGGAUUUAUUCACCGUGACAUCAAACCAGACAACUUCCUUAUGGGCUUAAGCCGAAAAGCAAAUCAGGUCUAUAUAAUUGAUUAUGGGCUUGCUAAGAAAUACAAGGACCUUCAGACUAAUAAACACAUCCCCUACAGGGAGAACAAAAAUCUGACUGGAACAGCACGUUAUGCUAGUGUGAAUACUCAUCUUGGAAUAGAACAAAGCAGGAGAGAUGAUCUGGAGUCUGUUGGUUAUCUUCUACUCUAUUUUUUAAGAGGAAGUCUCCCAUGGCAGGGUCUUAAAGCUGGCACUAAGAAACAAAAGUAUGACAAAAUUAGUGAGAAGAAAAUGCUUACCUCAGCAGAGGUUCUGUGCAAAUCUUAUCCAUCUGAGUUCAUCUCAUAUUUCCACUAUUGUCGUUCCCUGCGGUUUGAAGACAGACCAGAUUACUCUUUUCUGAAGAAACUCUUUCGCGAUGUAUUUAUCCGUGAAGGAUAUCAAUUCGAUUACGUAUUUGACUGGACUGCACUCAAGUAUCCUCAAAUGGGCACCGACAACAAGCUCGCUCGACAACCAAGUGCAAAAAUGGUUGGAGCUGGACCAUCUGUCGAGAGAACAGACAGAGCUUCAGUGGGGCAAGAAAUCCGGGAUAGAUUCACUGGUGCUGUUGAGGCAUUUGCCAGAAGAAAUUCAGGUUCUGGUCGCCAUGGAGACCAUUCCAGGCACAAAAGCCUUGCAGAUUCCUUCGGAACAUCGAACGAAGCUGUUGCCGACUCAGAGAAAACACGCAUCAUGUCCCGGGCCGGGAGCUCGUCGAAGAUGGCCGUGGCUCCAUCCAGCCGGCCGACCUCCUCGGGGGACUGCAGCGACCAGAAGCUGACCGGCCGGUGGGUCUCGGGCAGCAGCGGUAGCGGCCGCCCAUCCACCGCUCAGAGGCUCCACCGCUCGGGAGGCGCCGAGAACAGCAGCAGGUCGUCCCCUCGCUCCCCCGUCGCCCGGAACGUUCCAGGGAGAGGCUCCGGCUCAGGCUCGCGGGACAACACGACGUUCCGGAGCCUCGAGCGCCUCUCGAUCAGCACGAGCAGGAGGAAGUGAGCCGGCGAGGACAUCCGGAAGGCGGUCUCUUGCAGCGUUUCUUUGCAUGGUUGGGAUCUGCACUGCAUUUGCCCGGUGCUGCUGAAGCAAAUGGAUGUGAGAGGUGAUGCAAAGUGGCCAGGAGGAUGGAAUGGUGCCUAGAGCCAUGGCCUCUUACAUGGCUGCUGGCUGCGAUACAUCAUACAUGUGAUGUGCUUUAUCAAAACUCCAGUGAAGAAGUUGUGAUCUAGAAAAAAGAACUCCAAAUGAGAUGCUAUUGAUAUAAAAUGUAAUCAUGUUCCACUGCAAGUUCCA